AGUGUUUCCGUCUUCCCGACACCUUCUUCCUGCACCAAGCACCGUCAAGCAUCACCAGAGAGGCACGAGUACGUAAGCUAUCCAACAUCAGAACAGUAUAUGAAUAUGGCAAAUGCUGUUUUGACAUCAUUUCCUGCCAUCCUGAGAAACAGUGAUCUCGAGGAGCAUGAAAUGCAGCUGCAAUGGAAAUUGCGCAUCCAGUGCAAGUUUCAGAAUUCAAGAAAGAGGCAGGAUUCCUCAGUGACUGAGGUGACGUCAAGGAAAAAGAAGAUCCCUUGCAUAGCUUCAAAAGAGACUACAUGUCCACUGAUGUAUGGAGUAAAGGCUAACCUUCCACCAAGGCUUCAUUCAGAAGAUGAUGAGUCAUUAGAGAGACAUAGACAGUGGCUUGCUCUACACUGGAUGAAGAAAGAUCCCGAGUUAGAUAAGAUAAUCAAGGAGUUCCUGAGAUUAGAACCACAAGCGAAUGAACCAGACCCAAGAGUAGCAGUUUUGAAAGGGCUGGAGAAAUAUAGGCUCCCAAUAAUUGCCAUUCUCAAAAAAAGAAAAGCAGUUCCUCUGUAUAUGGAAACCUUACUUGAACUCUAUGACCACGAUGAAAGUCAAUAUGCUUGCUUAGUUAUAUUGGGGUUACUUCACCUGCUUGGAGAAAGGAAAGAUUCCAUUUUUACUAAGGUACCAGAAGAAGAACUAAGAACAGGGCAGUCUAGUGUGUAUUUGAUGGUGCACCUGUAGCUGAACCAACAUGUAUUUCUAUGGCUGUAGUCUCAUUGGUAGCAGGGCUUUGUGUUUAAUAUUGAACACCCAAAAAAUUGUGAACAUUUCCUCCGUUUCACAACAUCCCAUCUCUUAGGUAUCAAGUAUGACAAAGGUAACACUUCAAAAAGAAGAUCUCUACUUGUAAAACUCAAUGAAGUAAAGACAGAAUUGAGCUACAAAAAUGCGUAAAUCUGCUUCCAAAUAUAUUCAACUCCACACAUAAUGCCUCUCUCUCUCUCUCUCUCUCUCUCUCUCUCUCUCUCUCUCUCUCUCUCUCUCUCUCUCUCUCUCUCUCUCUCUCUCUCUCUCUCUCUCUCUCUCUC